UGUAUUGUAUUUUUUGGAGGAACAUUAGUCAUUGGUUUACAUUUUUGUGACUUUAGUGUCUCCCUCUUAUUAAUUAGUCAUGCAGGCAAAUGUUCUGUGUAAGAGAGUUUCCUGAUUGGGUGCAAGGAGGUUUAAUUUUUGUUUUAUAUGCGAGUGUAGAUAAUCCUGAAUCAUGUGUGCUGAACUCAAAUGCCAAGUUUCUUUUGUUGGAUAGGCAAGGCACAAUACGUGAGCCUAAAUAAUCACAGAGAAAGAAUUCUUUUCAUAUUCCAUCUUUUGUAUUUUGUGAGAAAUAAAAGAUAAAGAUACACUCCAGAAGUUGGGGAAAGUUCCACUGGAGCUUCAGUGGAGGCUCCCAAAAGGAAAAUUACAAUUUGUUUUAAAAAGAAUAGAAUAAUGAACAAAAUAGCAUCUUGAAGUCGCACAACUAUCUUCUCAAAUCAUGGAUGGAGUCUUUCUACUUGCAAUUUGAAGGAUUGGCAGACUCUGGUUACGAAAGCAAUGACAUGGUUGUGGGAUUAUUAUUUACUUCUAAAAACUUAAUGUUCUUCCACUCAAGCAGAGAGAAGUCACAUCCUUCUAUAGAGGGUAAGGCACAACCCUAAAAUUUCUAAAAAAGUACAUUUUAGUUGGCAUAUGUUGACGUUGCUUCCUUUAUUUAGAGCUCUUAUGUCACAAAACAUACUAGCUUUAGGACUCAAAUAAUCUUAUUACCUCUUAGUUCACGUGCUAAGUUAGCAGGGGGUUAUUUGUUUAAGCAUAAUAAUUUGGGAUGCUUAUUUAUUAAUAGUCCUGCUUUCCUAUUGGAUCGUAGACCUAUAACAUGUCAGCUGAAAAUAUUCAUUUGACACUUCUGCUAUUCCCAAAGAAAUUACUUUAGAUUCUAUUUUCUUUGAUUCUUUUCGCACCUCAGUCACUAAUCUAGGUUUAGAUUGUUAGAAUUAUUGAAAGAAUAAACAACAAUUUUUAACUCCUUGUCCAUGUUUGUUUGUCGGGAUGGAAUUAGGGGGAUGAGGGGGCCGAUUAAUAAUGUCGGUCCCAAAUGUUAUUUUUUGGGUAUGCCAUAUGAUAUUCAGUGGAUUUGUUAUAUAUUCAUGGAAUUAUUGUAUUAUGUUUCAUUGUAGUGGAAUAAAGAAUGAGAUAAGAUUUGGUACAUUAUUUUUUCCUUUGGAUGAAGAAAGGGAGAUAAUCCAGAGCAGAGGGGAUAUUAGUUAUACAUCUAUACUAGGGGCUGGAAUUAGUUAUAUUAUGAUUUUGUGGGAUUGCAUGUCUAUCAGGACAUCCAAUACCCUAUAUCCAGCCAACUAAAUGUGGGAAAGAAUGGGACUAGGAGGCAAGCGAAAACAUGUGGGCCCCACAUGUUUUUUAUCCCAUUCCCUGUGCCUUUUGUGUCUAAAACAAAGGCCGAUUACUGAUCAAAGAAAGCCAUGCUAGACACCACAAUAUUAAGACAGCAUCACCAAAAAAUUACCCAUUGGCCUCAAUUCUGGAAAGCUGGAAUGGCAUUCUGUUUCAGGUUCCAAAACCAAGGGUUUCUAAUGAUUCUCUUGUCAAAGAAUACCACAAUGCACGGUUAGAAGCUAUAAAUGCCAAAGAGAGAGGUGACAAGAAAGGCCAACAACAAGCAAGCCAAAUUAUUCGCAAGCUCAAGCAUGAGAUUUCUGCCCUAGGACUAUGAGAUGAAAUCUUGGCAUCUGGGCAUGAUAGUUCUUCCUUUAGUGCGUCUGACGAUGCAUUUCAUAGCUUCAUACCUUCCAAGCACCCUGAAACUGUUGCUUUGUGCAAUGAAGAAGGUGACAUGGCAUCUGUUCUACCUGCAGUUGAAUCAAAAGUAAAUGGAAAGGGUCUCACAUUACUGGACCUUUCACCUGAACAAAGUCCUGUCAGUGUUCCUGCCCAGGCUUUGGAAGAGGAAUCUGGGGAUGUAGAGCUUGGGAGUUUCUUUUUAGGAGAUGUCUUGCAGGGUGACGUUUUGCCUCCUGAAGUUGUGGAAAUACGAAAGAAAGAGAAGAUGAGAGAAUUGGCCAGUGGCAAGAAUUUAGAGAAACUAGAAGGCAUCUGGAAGAAGGGGGACCCACAAAGGAUUCCUAAAGCUGUUCUUCAACAGUUGUGUCAAAAAUCAGGCUGGGAAGCACCAAAAUAUAAUAAAGUUCUUGGGAAAGAAAAUAAUUCUAGUUAUGCUAUUAGCAUACUACGUAAAGCUAGUGGGAGGGGCAAGAGCAGAAAAGCUGGAGGGCUAGUUACUCUUCAACUUCCUAGUCAGGAUGAAACUUCUGAAUCUGCUGAGGAUGCACAGAAUAGAGUUGCAGCAUUUGCUCUCCAUCGCCUGUUUCCGGAUCUCCCUGUCCACCUGCCUAUUAUAGAGCCUUAUGCUUCACUUGUUCUACACUGGGUGGAAGGGGAAUUAUCAACCAAGAUAGGAGACAGUGAGGAAGAUCGAAUGGCUGGUUUUGUGGAUUCAUUGUUAAAUGCUGAUGGCCCUGAAUCAAUUGCUUCUGUUGAUGCCUUGAGUGGUUCUCUUGAAGAAAAGUUUCAAAAACCACUUAUGCAAGAAAACAUCGACUCAACUGCUGCUCCAGCUAGUCUAAAAGCUGAAAGUCUCAACUAUAAAAAAGAAGCAGAGAGUUCUUGUCUGAGACAGGAGCUAGAGAAUAAAAAGAAAAUGCAAAGAUACAAGGUUAGUAUCUUCCUCUUUUACUUCUCCUUUGGAAAGUGAUCUGGUGGAGAGACUUCAGUAAGUUUCUAGUUGUACCUAACAUGCCCUUUCACAUUAUACCGUUUUUCCUAUCCCACUUGACUUCAUGUCCUAGCAACUCCUGCACUCAUGUACUAUUGAUCUGUCACAAUGAUACAGUAUAUUGCAGCUAUCUACAGCACUAGCAAUGCAUUUUUUUAAUUAGUAGGUGCCAUUGGAAGUCAAUUAUGCUGUGAGGGUAUAUUGGCACACAAGUAUGCUGACUAUGGCAUGUAUGAACUGGAAGCUUUGGAUAUGUUUGUUCUCAUUCUGUAUUUUAGAAAGAAACACAAGUCUGGAUCCUAAAUGUUUUUCCUGUUGUUCCUUUUUAUUAAGUAUACUGUAUAAAUUACUUGGUUUAGGGUGUAGUACUGUAACAAAAGUUUGUAACUCUACCAUUACAUGGAAUUUAUAACAUAUGGUUAAGUGACAUCAAGAAAUUUAAUAUUUAAUUCUCAAAUCCCUUAUUUUUUUUGGGAUAAAUUAAGCUGAUGGAGAUGAAGAAUACUUGUAGUCUUGGGACUGUUUCUCUUCUUUCCAAAUUACUUAAAUUCAUGAAAAAAAUACAUGGAGUACUUCAACAAUGGCUUAUGACCCAUUACAAUCACCUUAUGAAAAAGGGGUCAACCAUCAAUUAAGAAGCAUGUACAUUCUAAGGUG